AUGUCUGUCCUCUACUACGUGCCACCGGUAGAGUUUCGGUUGAAGUCUGAGCAUAGUGCUCCACGUGUGUUGUUUUGCUUUGUUAUGCAUUCAUGUUAAUUAUUGUAGCAUGGGGAAGAAUAAGAAAAAUAAAGUGUCCGAUUCGGGGAAACAAGCGGGAAAACCUGGACAACGUCAAAGUAAUGCCAAGCUCCAGAGAGAUGGUAAACCCAAGAAAGCCAAAGAGGUGGACCACAUUCAACACAUCCCCUUCAAACUACGAGAAAUAAUGAAGGCUAAGGACAGAAUGAAAACUGGGUCCCUAAAAGUCAAAAAGCCGAAAAAGGAUAAAUCAGAGUAUUUUCUAGAUGGAGACAUACCUGUUCCACAUUUCAAGAGGGGCAAACGGGAAAGCGUGAAAGCUUACGUGCAGCGGAUGGAGCGUGAGACAAAACAUGUCAUGUUCCUCUCCAAAAACCAAGUAGACAGGAAGCCCGAAAUGGAUGCAAGCGAACAAGAGAGACCUGCACACUGCAAAUCUGAUAAAAAGAAGGAGUAUGGUAAAAUGAAGCUACAGAAGCUACAGCAGAAAAAGGUGAACAAACAAGAGGACAAGAUGGAAGAACAGAUGUUUAUAGAUGAUGUUCCUUUUGGUGAGGUUACAAUGGCCCCUCCCUCUUUGAGUGCCAAACCAAGGAAAGCUGAAGUCAAAUCUCAGAAAGCAUCAAAGGAGCUGCUCCUAAACUCUCUUCUUGGCCAUACUGCAGUCUCCACUACAAAGCCCUCCAUGGCCAAACAGAGAAUCAUGGAGGAGGAGCGGGAACGAGCAGUAGAGGCAUACCGUCAGCUGAAGAAACAGAAACAGCAGCAGUAUGAAGCUAGGACUGCAAGCAUGAGAAAACUCAAAAGCCUUCACUGAUGUUGCUUUUCACUCAGCUCAUCUGCAGUCAGUGUUCCUGGCAGCAGCAGGGCUGAGCAGUGAUCUGUAGAAACUGUCUAAAUAAGAUGGAGAGCUAGCCACAUUUGAGAUUAAUAUCUGGAGGAACUUUAUGCAUCUUUAUGCUCCUGUUGGAGGCUCCUGUAGCUCAACAGGUACAGCAGGCUGUUUGCUUUUCAUGAAACUGGCAACAUACCACUCCCACGCUGUCUAAAAGAGGGGGAAAAUGUGUAGUAUUCAAAUGUCUGUGUGUGCAAGGGUGGAUGUGGCUCCUUGUGUAAAGCGGUUGGUUGGGAAAACUUGAAGGGCACUGUAUAAUUCCAUUUUAUCUUUAGGUACACUAAACAACACUGCCGCUUUCACAACGUUGUUAAUUUAAAAGAGUGAACGGCUUUCAAAGUGCUUUGUAACACUGCAGAGUCAUUUCCCAAGUGCGAUGGAAAAUACAUGGAGAUAUUUUGCCUAUGCUCAUUUAUCACCCUUGGAACGCUUGCGUAUUUCAUCAUUUGUAUUUACAGUUUUUUCACAUUUGCAUGUUCAGAUAACCAAAUUCUGAGGUCGUCCGUCAUGUGAUGGACAGUAAAAUCCAUCCAUCAGGUUAUUUCAAAGUAAAGAUGAUCCUCUGAUUGGUUUUAGUGGUCCCACUAGAUGGCACUCCUCUUGUACACAGCCGACAUAACUUGCUCAUUGUUGGUGCCAUAUUAUAUAUUGAAGUAUUUUAUAUUGUUGUUAAAUGGUUGAGUGGUAAUGACUGCAUUUUAUAUAGAAAAUGUAAAUAACAUGUUGAGAGAAACCAUGAGGUCAUUUAUUAUUAGAUGUUUUUGAUUUUUUCCAUGCUCCUCAGCAGAUGUUUGCUGUUUGUUGUCAUAUUCCCUGUUUUUUUUUUCCAGAGCAUUUGGAUAAAUCUGGAAUUGUCAUCCACACUGAUGUUCAGAAACAUCAGCUGAAAAAACAAAUAUCCUCAUGAGACCUUUUUAGCUGUUUGUACGUCUGUGAUAGCCUCUGUCUUGGGAUAAAUGAGCCAUUAGCCUUUUUAAAUGUGCAGCAUUUAUUAGAGCCUGGCACAGCUAUUUAUAUUUGUAAUCCUUCGAAGGCUUUACACUCAUGAACGAAGCCAUUGUUUAAAUAUUUGCAUAUGAGACGGACUGCGCAUAUUCAAAUCUUUGUUCAAAAACUUUCAAAGCAUGCUAUCUAAGGAAAAAAAACCACAUUGAUAAUAUAAUGCAAUAGUGAUCAACUGAAUAAUAUGACCAGAUGUUGUCAAUACUGAAUUCUUCUUAUCUGGUUCGUGGGUCCAAUCACUGCUAUUUAAUCAGCUUGACUGGUGAAACCCUCAGUCCAUGUUUGUCCUCUGAUGGUUGUCACAGUGACACGGAAAUGUAUUAAGUGGGGACAGCUGCUGGUGAUUGGGUGCACCGACUCCCUUGAGCUGAGCACAUUUGCCAUUGGUUAUAUUCCACCUGUGUGCAGGACAGCUGUUCACAUUAUCAGAGCUUUACAGCUGUUUUUCACUUAGGAUGUUAAGAUACUGGGGUUUUUUUUA